AUGGCACAAAAUUCUACAAUAGAAUACGAACAUGAUUUCAUUUUUAAACUCAUUCUCAUCGGAGAUGAUUCUGUUGGCAAAACAUCACUUUUGCAUCGUGCUGUGAAUGAUGAAUUUUCUUUCCGCGUGGGAUCGACACUCGGAGUUGAUUUUUAUAUAAAACAAUUUGUAAUUAAUGGAAAAAAGAUCAAGGUGCAAGUGUGGGAUACAAAUGGUACAGAUCGUUUCAAAGUCCUCACCAGAUUGUAUUACCAUAAUGUACAAGGUGCUUUUGUUGUCUUUGAUCUAACUGACUCAACAACAUUUGAUAGCACUGCUGAAUGGGUUGAAGAAUUGCAUAAAUAUGGACAUAAAGAUGUAUUUAUUACUCUUAUUGGUAACAAAUCAGAUUUAACCAGUCGACGGCAAGUAACAUAUGAACAAGCGAUUGCUCUUGCUGAAAAACUCGGUUUUCUAUAUGUGGAAACAUCAGCAUUCAAUAGUUCUAAUGUUGAACAAAUGUUCAUCUUACUUAUUAGAAGUAUUUUACAUAACACAACCCAAGUAAUGAAUACACAAUUAUCACAUCCAAUAAACAUCGUAACUGUUUCAUCAGGCAGUUCUGAACAAGUUUCUAACGAUAAAACUAGAGUUUCAUGCAAUAUAUGUGCAUCGAAUGAAUCAACAGCGAUUAUGUCGUGUGAUGGGUGUGCUCAACAUUUUUGUCAAAAACAUUUAGAUGGACAUCAAGAACAACUCAAGAAAGAUCUCAACAAGAUCAUCAAUGCAUAUGAAGAAAUUCUGCAAGAUUUUCAAAUGGAAAUGAGUCAUCCAUCGAAUCCAUGUGAUAAUGACGAUGCUCGAACUCUUUUAAAACAAAUCGACGAAUGGCAAACGAAAACAAUCGAUGCCUGUUAUCGAACAGCUGAUGAAGCUCGUGGAAUAGUUGCACGAUUGUUCAGUAAGAAAAAAGAAAAGACUAAUCUUAAAAAGAAAAUUGAAACUUUAAGAAAAGAAAUAACAGAGCAAAAACAGUCUGAGAAGUUCAUGGAAAGUGAUCUUGAAAGAUUAAAAGAAAAAGUAGAAGCAUUGAAACAUGAUAUGGAACAACUAAUGACCUUAUCUGAACCUAUAACUCUUCAAACACAAUCAAUCAAUUGGUGGAAGAUUCUCAAUAUUUCAAGGCCAUCCAAUACUGAUCAAAUACUCAAUCAUUACGUAUUAGUUACAGGCGCGAUAGGAGCCGGUAUGUACGCAUUAUAUAACUAUUACAAUACUUAUUAUAAUGUUCUUUGUCUGUUAGGUAAAUCGACCAUUAUUGAUUAUAUUGGCAAUUAUUUUGCAGGUCGGCAUGAAUUCAAUAAACGUAUUUUGAGAAUAACAGAAAAUCCAUCGUAUGCCUUAGUGACUACGAAUAUUGAAACUUGUGUACAAACAACGAUGACUAAUUAUUAUCGAUUUCCUAUUAAUGAUCGAGAAAAUAUAGUGUUUAUUGAGACAAUUAAUUUUGAUAAUGACGAUAAAAUUCCGAGCAAUGAUAUACCGGUUGAUUGUCUCGACAUUGAUCGAUUCACAGCAAUAAUAAUUGGAAUUGAUGGGAAAAAUUUCGACGAAACAAAUCUAUUAAGUGAAAUUACAGCCUACACAGGAAAUACAAAUUCUUCUGUGACAGAACUAUUUCCACAACUGUUUGUAAUAGUAACUCAUUGUCGAUCAUGUAAUCUGAAAUUCGAUUCAUCAAAAUUUAAGUUACCUGGAAAUAUUAAUAUCUAUGGUAUGGAAAACUCCGCAUAUUCAUCGAGUGACCAGGCACAAGCGCAAGAUCGUGUGGAAAAUGACUUUCUAGCUUCUAGGAAGACUAUAGAACAGAUUCUCAAUAACUUACUCGAUGGCAGUGAUCAACAUCAUCAUCUAGCUACGUAA